GAUUACAAAGCCAUUGACAUUUGCUGACUGUGUUGGUGAUGAGCUUCCUUUAGGAUGGGAAACUGUUUACGAUCAACAGAUUGGAGUUUAUUAUAUGGACCACAUAAAUCAGCUCACACAAAUUGAGGACCCAAGGGAGCAAUGGAGAAGGGAGCAGGAACGCAUGCUAAAGGAAUAUUUAAUAGUUGCCCAGGAGGCACUCAAUGCCAAGAAAGAGAUUUACCAAAUAAAGCAGCAGCGUUUUGAACUAGCCCAAGAAGAAUAUCAACAAUUGCACAAAAUGUGUGAGGAUGACAGCCGUUCUUAUGCCAGCUCAUUCUCUGGAUUUUCAACUAAUACCAAGUAUGACCCAUAUCAGAUUAAAGCAGAAAUAGCCAGCCGUCGUGACAGA